CCGAGGCGGUCGUCCAUCGCAAUCGCAUUUGGAAUCGCAAGGGCCAUCGGUCCGCCGGAGUCCAGAACCGCGUGGGGGUCUUCAAUCAUCCGAAUCCAAAAUUCCGAAUCCGAGAAUCCGAUUGAUCAGCCGGCGGCUUACCUUAACCGAUAACGUUAAUUUGAAUGCAAGCGCGAAUCGUUCGUCACGCGGGCAAAAAUACAAAUAAACAAAUGCAAAAGUUUCAAAUUUGAAAUACGAAAAUACAAUGAAAAUGUGAACGAGUGGUCGCAGCCGCUUCUCCGUCAAUUGCAGUUGUAGUGCACUUAUAAAGUAUCCAAUUAAAUAGGACUCCUCAUAUAAAACAACAAUCAUAAAAAAUACCAACCUGGCAAUAAAAAUAAUAACAGCUUUGUGUCAAUAAAACAAUGCGGAAUGUUUUGAUAUGAAAGCGGAGGACUGCGCAGGAAAGCGAUUGCAUUAAUUGAUACAAUGACAACAGUUUGCUUUUACCAGAGGCCCACAAGCUCCAGUUCCUGCUGCUGCUCCUGCGCCUGCUCCUGCUUCUGGGAAAUGGAAGGAUAUGGAAGGGCUUAGGCAGGCUGUUGCCAGGGAUAGUACUACUCGAUAGCGGACUCAUGGCUGUCAACCUGCAGCUGAAUAACUUAAGCGCCAUAUAUCCAUCGCUCAUGUAUGUGGCCGCCUCCUCCCUGCGGGGAUUGGCACUGGGAUCGGGAUCGGGAUUGGGGUCGGGGCAGCCGGAGAACAUAUCCAUCGUGUACGAGGAUGCCAGAGCGAAUGCCAAUGUGAAUUCGAUCAAUGAGACAGCUGGCGGCGCGGAUGCAGUAGCUCUCACCGAACCCGGACCGACAGCACCAGCGACCACAUUCAAUUACUACAACGAGUCGGCGGCGGCGACCGAGUGGGAGCACUUCUACGACCUGGUGCUGUCUUGGCAGGGCAUCAUCCUGAUUGCCGUCUUCGCCACCUUCAUCGUGGUGACCGUCAUCGGGAAUACGCUGGUCAUACUGGCCAUAUUGACCACGCGCCGGCUACGCACCAUCACCAACUGCUUUGUGAUGAGUCUGGCCGUGGCCGAUCUGCUCGUGGGCAUCUUCGUGAUGCCCCCCGCCGUCGCCGUCCAUCUCACAGGCUCGUGGCAACUGGGCUGGGUGCUCUGCGACAUUUGGAUCUCCCUCGACGUGCUCCUCUGCACGGCCUCCAUUCUCAGCUUGUGCGCCAUCAGCGUGGACAGAUAUUUGGCCGUGACCAGGCCGCUCACGUACUCCCGUAAACGGCGCUCGAAAAGAUUGGCGCUAAUCAUGAUCCUUAUCGUCUGGCUACUGGCACUGGCCAUCACCUGUCCCCCCAUCCUGGGUUGGUACGAGCCGGGACGAAGGGACCUGCGGGAGUGCCGGUACAACCAAAACGAGGGCUACGUCAUCUUCUCGGCCAUGGGCUCCUUCUUCAUACCCAUGGCGGUCAUGAUUUAUGUGUAUGCAAGAAUUUCCUGUGUCAUUGCAUCCCGGCACGACAAUAUGACCGACAUAAGUGUUCACAACAAGAAAUUCAAGCGCUACACGGCGGCGGACGUGGAGAACGAGCUAUCGGAGGUGGAGCAGGGCAACUCCAUGGGCCAGGGACAGGGACAGGGACCGGGACCGGGACAGCGCCAGAGGCAGGCCAACUCGCGUACCUUCUCCAAUCAGACGAUAGCCAAGGAGCUGCACGACAUGAUGCUGAGCGACAGCGACAAUUGUGCUCCGGGAGGAGCUAGUGCCACCAUUACCACCACCAUCGCUGGAGGGACCCAAACACACACCCACACCCAUACCCACUGUCAAUCUCUGCUUGCUUUGCCCUCCGGCGGAGAAGGAACUGGCGGAGCUGAUCCAACGGGUUGUGCCAAGAGUGGGUGUUACGAACUCACAAGGCCCUCCUCGCUGAAGCGCACUUCCACGACCUCGUCGACCAUCACCAGCAUGACCAGUGGCAUGGGGCCGGUCAGCAGUCUCCUGGACGCCCAGUGGCAGUCCCAGCAGCCGGGUCAUAGUCAAUCCCUGUUACAGCCGCCGCGUCCACACAGCUUUCGGUAUUCACACAGGGAAAGGGAGCGGGAUCGCUUGAGCAGCAGCCAUCACCACCAUCCUCAUUAUCAUCACCAGGCGAGCGUGACCGCCACCAGUGGCAACCAGACCAGUGGCAGUGCCAACACCAACAGCAAGUCCCUGUCCAAUCGGAUUACGUCGCUGAAGAAGGAGAACAAGACGACGCAGACACUGAGCAUUGUGGUGGGCGGCUUCAUCGCCUGCUGGCUGCCCUUCUUCGUCAACUACCUGAUCACACCGUUUCUGGCCGAGCACCAGGCCAGCCAAAUGCUGGCCAAGGCUUUGACGUGGCUGGGCUGGUUCAACAGUGCCAUCAACCCGUUCAUCUACGCCUUCUAUAGUGUCGACUUCCGGGCGGCCUUCUGGCGCCUCACCUGCAAGCGCUUCUUCAGCGCCGGCCAGAAGCCGCAGUUCCCCACGAACACGAUGUCCAUCAGGCGAUAGGGGAACCCCCUCAUCAUCCAUCCUCACCCCCCUUUCCAGCCCUGAACAAAUUGCCCGCGCAUAACGUAUCAUUAACGUAUUCAUUAACUUAAGUCAAGGUGUGGUUCGUACGCAAUUGCACCGCCAGACCACACGUCCACCCAAUUGUUCUCUAGUUUCUCGCAUAUAUUUAAUUUCAACGUGAGGGUUUGCUUCCGAUUCUGUAUCAAUUUGCCACAUAAGGGACUACAUUCGCCCACCACGAAUUCCACUGGUUUCAGUUGACCUCUACAGACCACAGUUGAACUUCUUUAAGCCCAACACUUGCAAUCAUUUACAAAUUGUAUCUUUUUUAAAGGAGAAAAUAAUUUAAUGGCUUGAGUAUCUCAGGCUCUAAAUUUUACUUAAGACAGCUAAGGAUUUUUGCUAUUAAAGCUAUGGUAAUAAUUUAGGCUGACCGACUACAAUUAUUUAGAUGACUAAUCUUAUUAAAUUGAUAAACUAAUUAAUUGCUUAAAACAUCUCAGGUUAUUAUUACACUAUAUAAUUACCCUAAGACUUGAAAAAGAUUAAUUUAUUUAGUUAGUUAAAUCUAUAAUACAUACCCAUACUUAAGACAAAAAGUGAUUAAGUUCAUAAUCGAAAAGUUAUCAUAGAUAUAUGUAAGAAGAAAAACCUCAACUAUUGAGUUAUGAAGAGUUCACUUCCGUUACAUAAAAUUGACUUAGAGAAGUUAGACUCACGGAAGUUCAACUGUAUAAAAAUCGCAAUACGACGACUCAAGGUAUUUUUGCAGCCGGAAUUUUGCAUGCGAAGCCCGUGGAAAAUCUGAUAUGCGGCAGCACGUAUCGAUUUAGUAAUUUCCGCGCGACUUUUCCGCUCAGCGGGCGGCGCCUUUAAACUGGCAACAUUGCCUUGGAUGUUGGCUUUUUGCUGGGGCGCCAGAACAACCCGACUUGGCCAGUGGCACAGACAGCUCAGAUGGAUGAGAAAACUUGUUUAUAUGGCUGGCCGAAAGUGCGCACAUUGCUCAUACGCUGAAAUUCAGCCGUGUGCUUGUGGUGGGCGGUUACCUUUCGGUCCGCUCGAGUUCUGCAUUCCCUUUGCCAAUUUGCGAUGCAGCUGGUCCCUAUCGCACUUAAAUUUAGUGCUUUAUGAUAUCUAUAUCAUAUAGUUGAUAUCAGGGCAUCAUAAACUCCGAAAAUACUAGUUGAUUGAUUUACAUUUACUUAACAUAGGUACUGAAAUCAGUGGAAACCUUUGGGUGGAUCAAGUCGAGAAUUAGCUAUAAUCAGCUUUCGGAAUGCCAGUCAAAAACAGUUACUGUGAUUUAGUUUAUAGUUGAAGUUGGCUGGAACUUCAAGAGUUUUCCCUUAGCUUUAGUACCGUGUGCGAGUGUGUGUGUGUGUGUGACGAAGUGAAAGCGUAUGUGCAAAUGAGGUUUAAUACCGUAUAUAAUUUAAGGCAUAAUUUAUUCAGGUCAUCAACAGCAUAGCUAACCCAAGUAGGAAUAAAUGUCGUGUUGUACCAAGCAAUCUACUUUUAACUCCAUCCAUUGCCGGCGGUGUGUGAAGUCAUAAACGCAAUCAACCAAUGCUACGACAUAGAGAUUAAGUCAGACGAACGCUCAUCAGCAUGCGAACACGUAUACGCACUGUAGCUCAUCCCAGUUCAUCCUUUUUGCGAGAGGCUUUCAAUCGGUGGCGUCAAUCCUUCUGAAUUUCUGCCCACAUGUCAGGCAUAGCAAGUCAAACAGAUACAGAUACAGAUACAGAUACAAAUGCUUCGGGUGAGAAGUCUUCCGACCCGUCGGAAAAGCAAAUACGGCGGAUGGAGCUCAUCAUCGCACGCCCGUCUAUCAACUCUCAACUCUCAUUACUUAACUCUCUACUCUCAAACCAACUGAUAUCACAUACAUAAUCCGUAUAAUCUGCAUAUAUAUUAAUAGUUGUGUGUACGAACGGAAUAUUUUUUGGAACCGAACAAAUAAAUAGACAAUUCGAAAAGUC